AUGGCGCCUCACAGUGAAGGGGAGACUUGGGGAGGACACCAUGAAUCUCUGGAACUGACUUCGCGCGACGAUGCGCAAGACGCCAACCUGCUCACUGGCCGCGUUGUCAAUAGGGGCAAGUACCAGGUCUCGAACCUUCUGGGCCAUGUGAUCCCGUCGACAUUACGCUAUACUUCAUAUCGACGCGCGCCAUCACCUUCUCGCCGACGUCCAAGAUUCUGCGGCCGGAGUCUGGCCCGGUCAUGUGUGUCACUAUCCUACAUCACCCUGGUCAUCGUGAUACUAUAUUCGAUCACCGGCUUCAUCUUCUUCCCAAACUAUAGCACCUUACCGCCGCAGUACGAAGCAUUGCGCGAACAAGCGACCAGUUCGAACGCGCCGGGAAGUGGCAAUCCUAAGCAACAGAAAGUGUUCAUUGCAUCGAACCUGUAUGACCCGCACGGCCAACUUGCUGAUGGGCCAUGGGCCGACAACGUGCUGCGACUCAUCCAUCUCUUGGGCCCUGACAACACCUACUUGUCGAUUUACGAGAACGAUUCUGGAGAUGUCGGCAGCGACGCCAUGGAUAGACUGCGAGCCAAGACACCAUGCAACAAUACUUUGGUUGUUGAGGAUCACCUCGACCGCUCGGGACUUCCGAAGAUCACGCUUGUUGAUGGCAGGAAGCGAGUCAAACGGAUCACAUACCUUGCGGAGGUCCGCAACAAAGCCUUGGAACCACUGGCCGAUGCAGAAACAAUCUUCGACAAGGUAUUGUUUCUGAAUGAUGUGUACUUCGAUCCUGUGGAGAUCCUGCAGCUGAUAUUCGCAACGAAUGACGGCAACUACCGCGCUGCGUGCGCGGUCGACUUCAUCAAUCCUUUUAAGUUCUACGACACGUUUGCAUCCCGCGACCUGGGAGGAUACAGUAUGGGUGUACCGUUCUUUCCAUGGUUUUCUCGAGGUGGCGACCCACGUACUCACGACGACGUUAUCCAAGGCAAAGACGCAGUACGGGUACGGAGCUGUUGGGGUGGUAUGGUUUCGUUCGAUGCAACGUUCUUCCAACCGAGCGAUGAAAAGAUCGCACCAAUCACGGCGUCUGAGAUCAGUCCGGCUAAUUUGUCUGCCCCGUAUCGCUUCCGGGCCGAAGAAGACACAUACUGGGAAGCCUCGGAGUGCUGUCUGAUUCAUGCAGAUAUACAGAGCCCAGAUCACGAGCAGUCAGGGAUAUUCAUGAACCCUUUCGUCCGAGUGGGCUAUACACCAAGGACGCACGCCUGGCUGGGAUUCACUAAGCGCUUCGAGGCGCUUUAUACGCCAGUCCAUUAUCUCGUCGAUAUCAUCGCCGGCUUUCCUCAUCACAACGCUCGCAGGGAGGAAGAGCCUUGGUCUGAAGUCGACGAGGUCGUCUGGGUUAUCGACGAGAGCUUGGAAGAAGGCGGAUCAUUCCAGCAAGUGACCAGACUGGCUAGUCAUUCGGCAUUUUGUGGCCACCGAGCCCUGUCAGUGAUGAACGAGGAGUAUUCUGGAGAGGUGGACAUCGACAGCUACGAAAAGAUACCGCUUCCAUCAGGAGGGCUCCCUUCGUAG